AUGCCGACUAUAGUGGCACCACUGCUAGCAGAAUUAGAAGAUAUCGAUUGGUCAAAAGUACGCAUAUUUGUUGCUGAUGAACGAAUGGUACCAAUUAAUGACAUUGAAUCGAACACAGGCGCUUAUAUAAAUACCCUGCCGGAGACUUUCAGCAAGUCCUUCUUCCACUAUGGACCAAUCGAUAACAGUAUGCUUUUGUUAUGUGUUUAA